AUGCCCAGAUUGUCCUCUACCCAUGCUACAAGCCCUUUCAUCUGGUGUGCAGGCAUCAUCUGUGCCAUCAUCUCUGUUGCUGUGAUAAUUGGUGGCAUUGUAAUCUUCGCUGGUUACAUGGUCAUUCACCCGCGAGUUCCCAUCAUUAGCGUCCAGCAUGCUCACCUCGACCUCUUAAAGUAUGAUGUAGCUGGAGUCAUGCAGACGCAGCUAACGAUUGUAAUUCGCGCAGAGAACGAUAAUGGCAAAGCUCCUGCGUUGUUUGAUAAAACCAGUUUUAAGCUAAGCUACGAAGGUAAAAUAAUAGCGUAUUUAAAACAGGACGAGUUCGAAGUUCCUAAGGAGAAUUCAGUUUUGUUUCAUUACGUGGUUCAGUCAUCUCCAAUACCACUGAGUAGUUCAUCAAUGGUCGAAGCUAUAGAGUAUGCGAUUAAACAAGAUGUGAUUGUUUUCGAACUCAAAGGUGGGUCAAAGGCUCGUUGGGGAGUCGGGCCAGUAGGAUCGGUCAAGUUCGAGUGUAACCUUAACUGUGAUCUUAGGUUUAGACCGUCUGAUCAUAAUUACAUCCCAUCUCGUUGCAGUUCUGCUCAUAAGCAUUAG